UUUCCUUUCUUCUUUUCCAGCCACCGCCCUUUCAAACCCUCACAACCGUAUUCCCCCUUCUCUCUCCUCUACAACUCUACCGUAAGUUCCAACUUCACCACUCUAAUCAACCACUUCAUCCCAAACAGCAAACUCUCAUAACCCUUCUUAUUCCUUCUCAUCACAUUCCAUAACCUUGAUUUUGCACUGUAAUGGAAAAAAUUGAACCAAAACACCAAAAUUUAUCUGAUUUCAAAGUUGGUUCAUUACCAACUUUAUUUUAUAUUCCUGACUUCAUCUCAGAUACUGAUCAAACCCUUCUUCUCAACAAUAUUUAUGGAGCUCCUUCAUCAAAGUGGAAGUUGUUGAAGAAUAGAAGGCUUCAGAAUUGGGGCGGUGUUGUCCAUGAGAAAGGCCUUCUACCUCAACCUUUGCCUUCAUGGUUGACAAAUUUCACACAAAAAAUAUCUGAAGAAUCAGGAUUAUUCCCAUCACCAAUCAAUCAUGUUCUCAUAAAUGAAUACCAACCUAACCAAGGCAUAAUGCCACACCAGGAUGGACCUUCCUAUUUUCCAGUUGUAGCUAUUCUAUCGCUUGGAUCUCCUGUUGUCAUGGACUUCACUCCCCAUGCCAAAUUAAAAUUGGAUUCACAAGAAGUUACUGACAAAGAAUCAGAUGGAGAAACUUUUGAGAUUGGGAAAGAUAAGUGGCUUGAUGAUCACCGUCCAUUCUCUGUUAUAUUGAUGCCUCGCAGUUUACUGAUAUUCAAGGAUAAGGCAUACUCAGAUUACUUGCAUGGUAUAAAAGAUUGUGCAUUACAUGGCUAUGACGGGGCUGUAAAUGAAAUUGAAGCUUUGAAACACAAUGAAUCAGAUAAACACCUUUUUGGCUCAGAGGAUGCUCUGGAAGCAAUAGGAAAAGAAGAAUAUAAGAAUAUAUCAAGAACUUCGAAUAGAAUUUCAUUGACAUGCCGAUUGGUUCCAAAAGUUCACAAAAAUUUGUUUAGGUUUUAAAAUCAUUUCACAUUCCAUUCAAUCAAAAGUUCAACUGUUACCUUGUUUUUAGUUUUUCUUUUUUUGUACAUCAUUCUCUUUAGGUAAUUUUAUGCUCUUUUUUUCCCUACAACUAUGGUCUGCGACGGUGAAGAAGCGUUUCUUGUUACACCAAUGCUAGCUUCCAAACCGCCUUGGAUGGCUCCAUAUCAUAGUUUAAAUGGUGGCGUUGUGAGCUAGAAAAGUUCAAAGUACAAGACGAUCGUCGAUCAUGUUACAGAGAUUGAGUAUAUUGUUGCCUCCAUUGCAACAAAUGAGGUCAUUUGGAUCUCUAUUGUUGUAGCUAUGGAGGAAUCGUGCAACCCAAGAAACCUAGAUCUUACUAGUAAUCCAAACAUACACAUAGGCUUUUCUGUCUCAUUUGAGAGAUUGCCGAUAACGGCGAUGCGAAUAUAUUCAUGGUAUCAUCACACUAGAAAAUGUUCCAAACCAUUGACAAAACCACUUGUAUGGGUAUCAUGAUGGUUUUUGUUUAUAUGAUUAUAUUUAUGUUAUAAUAUGUUUAUUUAUUA